AUCAAUUAAAAUAUCCUUUUAUUACCGCUCUCGGAACAUCCGCCGCCACUGCGCCGCCGUGCCUUUGCCCGCCUGUCACACGCACAUACACAUACACAUUCACCUCUAUAUCGCAACUGCAGCCGCGCGCGCGCCUACGUUCGCUCAGUGUACCAUCGCUCCGUCCAUACCACUCCCCCCACCUCGCUUGCCUGUUUCUAUCCGUCCGCCCCGCCCGCGCGACCCAACCUUCGAGUUCCGUAUAAUGCUGUGUCCUCCAUUACACCUCCACCGCCCUUUUGGAAUUAAUCAUGUUUUUUCGGGGCCCCCGUCCGUCCGUCCGCCGUUUCCGUUUCCGUUUCGGCGGCCUAGGUUGUCAUACGUGCGCGGGUCCCCUGUUUUCUCCUCGUCCGACUUUCCUUCCCUGUUUUUGCCUUUUUUAUGA